AGCUAUGCGCGCUUGUCCACGUGACGUAAUGAAAUCUGAUAUUCCGUGUCAGUCUAGUUAUUUUUUUACUUUAUCUAAAUUUUCCGGUUGGGGAUGAGCGAACGUCUCUUAAGGCUUAAAUAUACACAAUAGACACGCGUGAGUUAAAUAAUGCGUUGGUUGUGAUGCAAUCGCUUAAUGCGCUUUAAAGAAGAAGAACAAGAGGCUGUUAUCAGUUGAUCCUCUGGUCAUGACUGUACAAGAAGUUCGCCAAAAUCACAAGACCUGCGAGUCUCUGAAGCGACGGGGAUUUCAUCUGCGUUAAACAUUUCAUACUGACAUCCAUGAAUGAUAAUACAUAACAUGGAUGAUCUGCACCUACCUAUAGAGGUAAUCUCGUACAUUUUAAGUUUCCUUCAUGUAUCAGACCGAAAAGAGGCAUCACUGGUGUGUAAGAGUUGGUACGCAGCAAGCCAAGACCUUCAGUUUCAGAAAAUUGUCACCUUCAAAUUCCCUGUUUCCACAUCUUCACUGGACUUCAUCCGUGCACUCGGUCGGCAUCCUCGCUGUGGUUUAGUCAUCAGCCAUCUUGAUGGAUCCAGCCUCUCACGGCAGGUUCUUGUGGAGGUCGGGGUUCACCUCGGCCCCCGUUUGAACAGUUUGGCGCUACCCGGCAGCAGCAUCACAGAGUCCUCGCUGCUGGGUCUCCUACCACAUCUGACCAACCUUCACAAGCUGGAUCUUCAAGGCCUGGAUAGUCUCUUCAUGUCUGGAGCCUUUCUGUCUAGAGAAGAGCAUCGCCAACAGGUCCAACAUGCAUUGAGGAACCUGCAGGAACUGGACCUGUCCAGUCUCCGCUACCUCUCAGAUCUAUCUUUUAACAGGCUGACCUGCUGCACGCCCAGGUUACGCAGACUGGCACUGGCCGGAUGCCACAUUGCGUUCGAAUUCGAUCCGUAUCGAGGCUGUCCAGUUGGGGCUGGCUCCUCCGCUCUGCUCUCCCUCCGUAACCUGUUGAGUCUCCUAAAAAAGCAGGCCGGCACGCUCCGCAGCUUGGACCUGAGUCGCACAAGCAUCACUCCCAAUUCCCUAAGCUCCAUAGCUCAGGUGCCAGGUCUCCAUCUGGAGGAGCUGAGCCUCCGUGGUUGUAAAGAGCUGACGGAUUACUCCGUGGAAGUCCUUUGCAAGUGGCAAAAUAAUCUGAAGGUGCUGGACCUCAGCGCAUGUACCGAGCUAACAAGCAGGACGGUGCAGGCGGUGGCGACGAAGCUGAAUGAACUGCAGUCGCUUUCUGUGUCUCAGGACUGGAAGAUAACGGAUAAAGGCCUGGCAGAGCUGAUGGCACUGCCUCGCUUGAGGACUUUGGAUCUGUCCGAGUGUCCACAUGUCAGGAAGGGACUUUCUUCUCAACUGCCCAGAGCUCAACUGGAGAGUCUUAGCCUUAGGAAUUGCACGUAUAUAAAGGAUGCAGUCAUAUACUCUCUGAGUCGGAUGCUAGGCAGUAACCUGAAAGUGCUGGACCUCACAUCCUGCGUCAACAUCACUGAUUUAAGCGUUCAAGCCAUCGCAAACUACCUGCCCUCCCUGUUAAUGCUGCGACUCGCCUGGUGUAAAGAGAUCUCAGACUGGGGGCUGCUGGGAAUGGUGGAGCCCACCAAGGAUUGUGAGGCAAAAGACAAACUGGAGUAUAAAGGCCCAAGCUUUACUAGGACCUUUGGAAACAUGGGAUUUUUCCAGCCUCCCAGUCUGCCUUUUCAGGAUAAACCACAACUGGUGACGAAUGAGGACCUGGGGGCGUUUAAUGAACAGGAAAGGGCAUCAUUGGUGGCCCUCAAGGGCCUUCAGGAACUCGACCUGUCGGCCUGCUCUAAAUUGACUGACAUCAGCAUUACACAGGUACUCCGUUUUCCCGACCUCCACCGUCUCUCUCUUUCGAUGCUGCCGGAGAUCAGUGAUGAAAGCUUGGUGUCUGUAGCCUAUCACUGUCGCAGCCUCACCAGCCUGUCCCUCAAUCACUGUCCUCAGAUCAGUGACCAGGGCAUGGCACGGGCCCUACCACUUCUCCAAAGACUACAGCAUCUGGACCUGGCCUGCUGCGAUGCCAUUACAAAUGACAGAACUAUAUCUAUUAUCGCCCUGCACUGUGAUCGACUGAAGACUCUUGAUGUCUCCAUGUGUAAGGAUAUAACAGUGCACCAAGUGGACCACCUUCAGUCUUACCUGCCCUUCCUUGAAAAAGUUCAGUGUCGCUUUGUCACGGGGACAGAUUUCACCAUGGCACUUUGAUUAUUUCUGUAAUGCACUGAAAGCCAUUAUAUAAGGUUAUACCACAGGGCUGUUGAAUGCUUUAUUCUGAUUGGUUGAGAAUUGAUUUGAAAAUAACACACACUGAUUUCGAAUUAUUCAACAGCCUAUCAUCAGUUAUUCCUUACAUAUAUCAUAUGAUAAUAUGAUGUAAAGCUUUCAUAUAAAUUUAUAGCACCUUGAGUUUAGUUAUAAAAGAGAAAAUGGUUUUAAAAUAUUGUAUUUUUUUGCGUAGAACUGAACAGGCACAGUAUUUUAUUCACUGCUUCUGAAUGUAACGUUUUGAGAUAUUUCUGAUCAUUAGUUCUGUACAAUAUACAUUAUCUACUAUUGAUUAGUAGAUUUAUUACUGAUGUAAAAUGCACUUCCUCCAGACUGUAUUUAUGUCAGUCUAGUUCUUAUAUAAUUUAUUAAAUGUCUUAUUUGACAUUG